AUGGAAGACGCGCCUGAGAAGCAUUCUCGCAAGAGACAGAAGUUAAAUAAAAGGGACGAUGACUUUGACGAUGAAUCCCCAACUGACCGAAGUCACUUACCCAGAACUCUAUAUCCCUCGGUUUCGCCCCCUCCUCUUCGUCGAGCUCUACAGUCUCCCCAGAUUAUGAAAUCUCCGUUCCAACUCACCUGGAUUCAGGAUCUGCCUGAAUCCUCGAAUGUUGAUGCCGUCUCCCUGAAGAAUAUCCUUGGGGACCCACUUAUUGCAGAAUGCUGGGAGUUUAACUAUUUGCAUGACCUGGACUUUCUUAUGGAUGCGUUUGAUGAAGAUGUGAGAAAUCUGGUCAAGGUCCAUGUUAUUCAUGGAUUUUGGAAGCACGAGGAUACUUCACGUCAAAAUAUGAAGUUGCAAGCUUCGAAUUAUCCAAACAUCACUCUUCACACAGCCUUCAUGCCAGAAAUGUUUGGCACUCACCACUCCAAGAUACCUAACGAUGUUACGCUUCCAGAAUCCAACAAGAUAGGUAGCGGUUCUAAGUUUAAGAAAGACUUGCUCAACUAUCUCAAAGCAUACGACACAAAAAGAGUCAUAUGUAAACCAUUAAUCGAGCAGCUGUCGAAAUACGACUUUUCCGCCAUUCGAGCUGCCUUAGUGGCUAGCGUUCCAGGGAAACAGGAUAUUGAGACUGAUGCGGAGACGUCUUGGGGCUGGUCUGGACUGAAGAAUGUGCUGAGCGCUGUACCCGUCAAAACAAACGAGCCAGAGAUCGUUGUGCAGAUUUCGUCAAUUGCAACACUAGGUGCAACUGAUAAGUGGCUCGAAAAGACACUUUUCAGCUCAUUAGGCGCUUCUAAGAACAUGAUCUCGAAACCUAAGUUUAGUGUCAUUUUUCCCACUGCAGAUGAAGUCCGGCGGAGUCUAAAUGGAUAUCGAUCUGGCAGUGCAAUUCACACUAAAAUACAGUCUGCAGCACAAGCGAAACAGUUGCAGUAUUUGAAGCCAAUAUUCUGUCACUGGGCUGGAGAUGGCGCCCAACCAACCUCUACAUCAUCAACGUCAGUUUCUGACGCCGGACGGAAACGUGCUGCUCCUCAUAUCAAGACCUACGUCCGCUUUGGAGAUAAGAACAUGUCUUCCAUUGACUGGAUGCUCGUGACUUCGGCGAACUUGUCCAAGCAAGCUUGGGGCGAGGCGAUGAAUUCCGCCGGCGAAAUUCGAGUCUGUAGUUACGAGAUUGGCGUCAUAGUGUGGCCUGAAUUGUACGGAGAUGAUGCUACCAUGAUUCCAACAUUCAAGACAGAUUCGCCACCAGCGGACUUGAAGACAAAGAACAAGAUUGUUGUUGGAGCAAGGAUGCCAUAUGAUCUUCCUCUAGUUCCGUAUAAGAGGGGUGACGUUCCUUGGUGUGCUACCGCGUCUUACACCGAGCCAGAU